AUGGGUGAAUGGGAUCUGUUGGGCCGCCUGCUGGAUAAAGUGCAGAGCCACUCCACGGUGAUUGGCAAGGUCUGGCUCACUGUGCUGUUUGUCUUCCGCAUCCUGGUCCUGCGCACUGGUGCUGAGAAGGUGUGGGGCGAUGAGCAGUCCGACUUUGUCUGCAACACCCAGCAGCCCGGCUGUGAAAACGUCUGCUAUGACCUUGCCUUCCCCAUCUCUCAUGUUCGCUUUUGGGUCCUUCAAAUCAUUGCUGUGGCGACCCCGAAGCUGCUUUACCUUGGUCACGUCCUCCAUGUGAUCCACAUUGAGAAGAAGAUGAAGGAGAGGAUGAGGAAGCAUGCUGAGUUGGAUGACCAGGCAAGUCUCUUCCUGAGGAGGGCCUACAAAGUCCCCAAGUACACGAAGAGCACUGGCAAGAUCAGCAUCCGUGGCCGUCUCCUCCGCAGCUAUGUCCUCCAUCUUGUGGCCAAGAUUGUCCUGGAAGUUUUGUUCAUCGUGGGUCAGUACUUUCUUUAUGGCUUCACCCUCCAAACUCGCUACGUCUGCUCUCGCUUCCCUUGCCCUCACAAGGUGGACUGCUUCCUGUCGAGGCCUACAGAGAAGUCGGUCAUCAUCUGGUUCAUGCUGGUGGCGGCGUUUGUCUCCCUUAUCCUUAGUCUGAUUGAGCUGUUCUAUCUGUGCGUAAAAGCUGUGAAGGAGUGCAUGGCGAGGAGGCAGAACUACACCGUGACCCCGGUGACGCCUCCACCUUCGGAAAGGAAGGCUUUUAAAAGCCAUGAUGAGAUGCUGCAGAAUUGUGUCAACCUGGAGCUGGAGCUCCAAGGACGAAAGUUAGGGGUGAACGGGGUCAAAGGUGGGGUCAAUGAUGCUGCUAAGGAUGUUUCACCCGAAAGCAACAACAUGGGGGCAGAAAUCCACAUCUGA